AAGCUGUUAAAAAAGUCAAAACAAGGAGCCAAUUAGUUUUUUCCGUCGAAGAUAUUUCUGUCCAACUCUCUUCUCUCUGACCCUGAAAAAACAUUCUUCUCUCCCCAUUAAAGUCUUCAUCUUCCAUUUACCCCGCCGCGUCACAAAACUUGAACUUUAAUCCACAGCAAAUCUUUGGUCAAGGACUGUAGAUCAAGAACUGCAACAUUUCUGUAUCUUCCAAUCUACAAGGAUCAGAUCUAGAAUAUAUAUUUGUGUUGAAGUAUUCAGUCAUGUCAUUUACGGGGACACAACAGAAAUGCAAGGCAUGUGAAAAGACAGUAUACCCAGUUGAGCUUUUGUCAGCUGAUGGGAUUAGUUAUCACAAAUCUUGCUUUAAAUGCACCCAUUGCAAAGGAACUCUCAAGCUGAGCAGUUACUCCUCAAUGGAAGGUGUUCUGUAUUGCAAGCCCCAUUUUGAGCAGCUCUACAAGGAGUCUGGCAACUUCAACAAGAACUUCCAAUCGCCUGCGAAGUCAGCUGAGAAGUUAACUCCGGAGCUGACAAGAUCUCCUAGCAAAGCUGCCAGAAUGUUUUCUGGAACACAGGAAAAAUGUGCGACCUGUGGUAAAACGGCUUACCCACUCGAGAAGGUGACGGUGGAGAACCAAAGUUAUCACAAGUCAUGUUUCAAGUGUUCUCAUGGCGGGUGCUCUUUAAAUCCUUCGAAUUAUGCUGCAUUAGAUGGGAUUUUAUAUUGCAAACCUCAUUUUUCACAGCUUUUCAAGGAGAAAGGCAGCUACAAUCAUUUAAUCAAGUGUGCUUCAGUGAAGCGUCCAGCAGCAACUGUUCCAGAUUCUUAACCUAUAUCUCUGUCAACUACCUUAUCAACGCGGGCUUGGUCUUUCUGAUUUUGCUUUCUUCCUCUUUCUUUAUAUCUCGGGGUGGUGCACCAUCUUGGUUUUAUUGUGUGAUCUGAUUUCCACGAUUGUGAAAACUAUUAUCCUGUCGUUGUUCCUUUAACCUUUGGAUGUUAAACGGUCCUGCUGUUUUCUCAUAACCUUUGAUAGGAGUAACUUGUGCAGUUCAUACGAGUGUUGAUACAGAUUCGUCGUCCUGUUGUUCUUUAUCUUUGUUUUUGGUUGUUGACUGCA